AUGCUCAUGGAAAUUUUAUUCUCGCCAGUUCUUUUCUUAGUUGGGUAUACACUUAAUUCUAUCUUUGCGGCCCGUAUAAUGAAGUUGACCGAUGAAUCUAAAUCGUUCUACUUAGCUGUAUAUCUAGUUGCAUCUAAAAUACCAUAUGGAAAGGUAAUUUCAUAUGGACAUAUAGCAUAUCUACUUGGUAAACCCCAAAACGCUAGGCAGGUUGGUUCAUCAAUGAAACAUUUGGACAUGAUUGUACAAGCACUAAAUGCAGAAUUACCUGAAGAAGAGCAAUUAGAUAGACAAGCUUUGCCCUGGUGGAGAGUGGUGCUGAGCGCAGGUAAGAUAUCUCCAAGAGGUAACUCAAGCUCAGAGUUUAGACAGGCAGAGAUACUAAGAAGUGAAAAGGUAGAAGUGCUGGAUGCCCUAUUUAUUGACCUUCAAGAAUUCGGCUGGUUUCCUGAGGAUGUAGAUUACUAA